UAUGGGUCUCUAUGGGGUCCCUAUGUGUUCUAUGGGUCCCGGCCGUGGGGGGGGGCCCAUGUGUGGGGCAGCGCCAGGAGCUAUGGGGCACAUCUGGGGUCAUCACUGAUGGGCCUGGGAACUACAGUGUCAAUGGGAGCUGCCAAUGGCUGCUGCAUGCCCCCUCCCCCGGCCUCAGCCUCGUUCUGACGUUCUCGGCCCUGGACACUGAGUGCGGCUUUGACCUCGUGACCGUGUUCGAUGGCCCCGCCCCCUCCUCGCGCAUGCUCGGUACCUUCAGCGGCAGCCAGACCCCGCCCCCCCUGCGGGCGUCCUCCGGACAGCUCCUCCUCCAGUUCUUCAGUGACCCCAACUACUUCCGCUCAGGCUUCUCGGCCUCCUUCCGGGCCUGGCCCUGCCCCGGGGGCUGCUGGGGGCGGGGCCAGUGCCAGGCAGCCAAUGGGAGCUGCCGCUGCCGCCCGGGGUGGGCGGGGCCUGACUGCUCCCGCCCCCAAUGCGGAGCCAUCUGCAGGCGCCCGGGGGGGGCCUGUAAUGAG